GUCUGGGAAAUGGGGUUUACAAUCUAAGGGGUUCCUGAGCAGAUUCUGGUCCGAGUCCUAGGAGCGCUGCGUCCUGUCAGCCUUGUCUCUAACCACAGACCUCCAUCCCGAAACAGGCGAAAUGCUGGGGUUAACAGCCUCUCGCUAGGGUUAGCCCUCAGCGAGGCAGGAUGGAAAAACCGGUCACAGGGAGAGUCUGGGAAAGCGAAAGCCUUAACGUGGCGGGCAAUUAGCAAUCUACUUCCGGAAUUUAAAGUCGGCUUCCGGAAGCCGGUAUGGUGUUCCCAUGACAACCGACAUCGGUUCUUUGAGUUUCUGUUGCUGUGCUAUGACCUGUUCGUCAAUUCCUUCUCGGAGCUACUACGAAUGGCUCCUGUUAUCCAGCUCGUGCUGUUCAUCAUCCAGGAUAUUGCAAUCCUCUUCAACAUCAUCAUAAUUUUCCUCAUGUUCUUCAACACCUUCGUCUUCCAGGCUGGCCUGGUCAACCUCCUGUUCCAUAAGUUCAAAGGGACCAUCAUUCUGACGUCUGUGUACCUCGCCCUCAGCAUCUCCCUGCAUGUGUGGGUCAUGAACGUGCGAUGGAAAGACUCCAGCAGCUUCAGAUGGACAAACGGCCUGCAGACACUGUUUGUAUUCCAGAGACUAGCCGCAGUGCUGUACUGCUAUUUCUACAAAAGGACAGCCGUGAGAUUGGGUGACCCCCGCUUCUACCAGGACUCACUGUGGCUGCGCAAGGAGUUCAUGCAAGUCCGAAGGUGACCACUUCAUCUCACGUUGAUGAGCACCUUUCCUUCCUGUUAGAAGGCACCUGGGCUGCUCUCCAGGGAGGGGCAGGCUUUGGCAGCAGGAAACAGAUGGACUUCCUGGACACAUUUGUGCUAGCUAUGCUCAGCACUCAAGAAGGAAGACUCACCAGGCAUGGUUGGAAACGGACAGGAGGAUUGCUGUGCGUUUGAGGCCACCCUAGGCCUACCUACUGAGUUCUAGGUUAGCCUAUAGAGAGAGACCCUACCUAAAAACAACACCAGGAGGACCUUCCCUAUUGCAAAUUAAAGUGUUCUCCCACAGUACCAAGUCAGUGUUGCCUCAUCCUCAGUCCACCCACUUCCUUCUCUACUCUGUACCACUCACUGUCUUUCCCUCGUCCUUCCUGAGGAUCUGCAAGCUGGAGUUCCCACUCUUUAAGGCUAUGGUUCAGCCUUUAGGUAGCAUCGUCUCAGCCCAGGCCCUGUUCUUCUGGUCCCAUACUUGAGUGACUGGAGGAUGCAGACAAUGGUGGCCAUGUCCUCCUGACUCACCACACCUUAGUUGUUUAGAUUUUAUAUCCAAAGUACUUUUUUACAGUUCUAAAAGGAAAUAAAUUGAAUUCUUUUCUUAAAUAAA